AAAAGGCACAGACACUUAUCAGAGAAGUCUUGUGUAGUCAAUUACAUAACUAUCCAUAGUGGUGGACCUUGGCACCAAAUAAACAGAAGAAAACUUAGCUGACUCCACAAAGAAGCACUUUGUCCAAACCACUGGAUUGCAAAUUUGUUCUCAUUGCGUGCAGAUCAAAAUACAUCAAAAGUGGUUUUUUCAAUGGAUUUGUUAGAGAUAAUCCAGUCUCAUCUGCUGCUGUCCUCCUUUGCUUCCCUGGCCACCGCCUUCUUAAUCUUGCGCUUCAUCCGAGACUCCUUCAAAGUAGACCAAUUUGGCUGGAGACAUGUGCUGAUCACAGGCUGCGACAGUGGCUUUGGGAACCUCCUGGCCCGGCAGCUGGACGCUAAGGGCAUUCCCGUCAUCGCUGGCUGCCUCACAGAGAAGGGAGCGUCAGAUUUGUCUGCCUCUACCUCCUCCAGACUCAAGACGGUGCUGCUGAAUGUUGCAGACAGCGCGAGCAUCAAAAAGGCAGUGGAGUUUGUGAGAGCAGAGGUCGGACAGAAAGGUCUGUGGGGUCUAGUCAAUAAUGCUGGCAUUUCCAUCCCAAUUGGUCCAGUAGAGUGGAUGAAGCUUGACGAUUUGACCAAGAUUCUGGAUGUGAAUCUUUUGGGUGUUAUUGACGUAACUCUUCAAUUUCUACCACUCCUGAAAAAGGCCAAGGGCAGAGUGGUCAAUGUUGCCAGCAUUUUUGGCCGACUGUCUCUCGUGGGAGGAGGAUACUGUCUCUCUAAGUAUGGUGUGGAGGCUUUUUCUGACAGCCUCAGGAGAGAUAUGCAAGACUUUGGCAUCAAAGUAAGCAUUAUUGAGCCAGGAUUUUUCAAAACUGCUGUGACCAAUGCCAAAACUAUUGAAGCUGAUCUAAAAAGACUGUGGACUCGCCUGCCACAAGAUGUGAAGGACACCUAUGGGACAACUUACAUGCAAGAAUAUGCAAAAUCCCAGGACUUCUCUUUGAGGAUCUUGUGCAGUGCAGAUCUCUCUAAAGUGACAAACUGUAUGGAGCACGCCCUGACUGCUUACUACCCCCGGACCCGAUAUGGAGCAGGCUGGGACGCCAAGUUCUUCUGGAUUCCUCUGUCCUACCUUCCAUCUUUUAUGUCAGAUUUUGUGGUUAAGAUUCUAAUUCCUAUGCCCAAAAGUACAUAAACAAGUGACAAUGGAAGAAAAUAAUGCAGGAAGGUGUAAGGUUUUUCUAAAGUGAUGAAAAAUGAAAUACAUAUGUACAUUUUGCAUGAUUAUGAUACAAUAAGUGGUACAAGUAGCAGUAUAAGUUGCCUAUACCUUUGAAAUAGAAUAAGUGUAAUAAUAACUGCGUUGGUAGUAGUAGUAGUAGUAGUAGUAGUAGUAGUAGUAGUCGUAGCGGAUACAUUCUUUUUACGUGUGUAAAGAUGCCAUUUUAUGCAAGAAUUAUUUUUGAAGCGACUUCCCCGUGUAAUGAUGUGUACAGAAGUUCAGACGACUUUACAAAAUAAGAAAUUUAUUUAUUCAGUCUCAGCAGCAGCAAUUUACAAAUUGAAUAAUUCUGGGAUGAUCAGAGAGUUGUUCUCAUUCAGAUACAAAACAAUCAUUGUGAAAAACAUCUAAAAAUGAACCUUUAACAAUGUUUUUUUUUUUUUAAACAAACAUAUAUGUAAAUUCGUUUUUAUGCAAAACAUAUUGAAGUAUUUUUGGCCAGAGUAAAUGUCAAUAUGAACAAUUACUGAUUUUUAAGCCCUGAUAUGAGGUAUAUAUAAACAUUUAAUGCAGAUCUAGUUUUCUUCAUGGCAACUUAUAUUCAUAAGUACUGUACAGAAUUCAGUAGAACUAUUCAUAUAAAUCUAUAUGAAACAGAACAAACUUACAUCU